CACACAGUGAGCAGACCCGCUCUGCUGUCCUCCCUCUGCAGUAACCAUCCACCCGUGGAGAGGACGAGAGGAGGAAAUAAAGCCCUGCACGGAUGAAUGAAGACAGUAGGACUACUAACAAACUACAGGGGGAAUUAUCGGCCGUGUUUGUCCAUCUCUGAUUUAAUCUUCCCUCCCUUUAUAUCCCUGUCUCUUCAUUCAGUACCUGUACACGAGGAUUAAGAUGACUUAAAAAUGCAAUCUACGGACAGGAUGGAUAAUAGGAGGUAGAGAUAAAAACAGGAGGAUGAGGAAAGAAAGAGGGUUUGUCCUUUGAAGAGAUUCCCGAGCCGUACAGCUGGCGAGAGCGGGGCGACGAAACGAGAGCGGACAACGGAACGAGAGCGCGGCGACGGAACGAGAGAGAGAGAGAGAGAGACAGCGACAAUGAGAGAGAGGGAGAGAGAGGGGGAAGAGAGCGGGAGCGAGGAGAGGAGCAGAGAGGAGAGCGGGAGACAGACAGACGAGGUUGUCUGUUAUUCUGAGGAGCAGCACGCCGCAUGGAUCAAGGAAUAAGGAGGAGAAAGGAUUCAAUGCUCCGGGAUACCGGAGUUCUGGGAUUACGUACAGAAGGAUCCAGAUAACCAGGUCAACCAAAACAAAUGUAAUCUUUCAUCCAUCUCCCUUCUCUGGCUCUAAACUCGGGUGAUGCUCCAGAGAGGACCGGAAUCACCAGGAAUGAAAGAACACAAGGAAUCUUUCAGAAGAGGAACUGCGCUGGGAUGCGGAACGCCGGGAAUGAUUCAUUAAACAGGGGGAUGAAAAGAGAGGAGAACGUAACAGCUAACAGAGGGAGGGCAGAAAGUGAGCAGAAGGACGGAUGAGUUGUCCCAGAAGAGGCCCUGGAAACCAGGGGAGGAAGGAGAGAAUAGAACAGGGCAACAUCUGCCUGACCUACGUUCCAUGGUUCUUUUCCACAAGUAUUAGCAGAUGGCCAAAACAGGACGAAAUAUUAUGGAAUCACGAGAAGAACUAAAACCUUUGUUUUGGGAAUUCCUUCUGGAUUCUGUUUGACUGUAAUAUGAAUGGGAUUGGGCGUUCCUGAGGUGUGCCGUGGAACUAAAUCGAUAUUGGGGAUUGUGGGGCAUGUGACUGGGAAACCCAAAUCCUUCGCUUUGAAUGAGUGUGUGUCAGACCGACGACGCACACACACUGUUGAAAGCACACACUCACACACACACCCAAAUGGAACAAACCAGAACAACCACAUUGAUUGACAUUGUGUUCAGCUGAUUUGUGCCUGGAGACACAGACAGAAAAGGUCUGUGGAAAACUCUUCAUAUUACCAUGCCAGACCCCCCACCCCCCAACCCCAGCCGAAAACGACAUCCAUCGCCCCACACAUAUCGAUCUCCACAGAGAAGGACAGAACAUUCCAUCCUCUCCUCCUUUUAUCCACCCUUUCAUCCUUCAAACACACUUCUGAACCCCCGUGAACUACUUCCCCGCUUCAUCUGUCCAGCCUUGUUCUCAAACAUAAUUUGUUGUUCUCCGGAAACCACUCCACUUCCAACCCAUCUCCUUUGCUGUGCCUGCCCCAAAGACCGUGCCAUCUCUGCCCUCCCGGCCCUCCAUUGGCUGACGCUGGUCACAUGCUGCUGCCUGCUGCCCUCUCUAAUUGGUGCAGGGGAGACUUGGGGCGUGGUCGCGGUCUGUCCAUUCCACUGCGUUUGCCGGAACCUUUCAGACUCUCUGAGCACGCUCUGUGCGGAUAAAGGCCUCCUAUUCGUUCCCCCGAAUGUCGAUCGACGGACUGUUGAGCUCCGAUUGGCCGAUAACUACAUCACAGAAGUGGGCGGGUCAGACUUUGCCAACAUGACGGGAUUGGUUGAUCUGACUCUGUCCCGGAACACUAUCCAUUCCAUCCGACCAAUGACGUUCUCCGAUUUGGAGAGUUUGCGCAGUUUGCAUUUGGAUGGUAACCGGCUGACGACGCUUGGGCCGAGGGAUCUUGCGGGAAUGGUUAAUUUACAGCAUCUCAUUGUCAACGGCAACCAGCUGAUGAGAGUGUCAGCAGAAGCAUUUGAUGAUUUCCUGUUGACGCUGGAGGAUCUGGACAUGUCUUACAACAACCUUAGACGGGUCCCAUGGGAGUCAAUCCAGAACAUGGCCAGUCUACACACCUUAAACCUGGACCACAACCUGAUCGAUCACAUCGCUGAGGGGUCCUUUGGAGAGCUGUACAAGCUGGCUCGUCUGGACAUGACCUCCAAUAGGCUGAGGACCCUGCCUCCUGACCCCCUGUUUGCUAGGUCUCAGACUGGGGCCAUCAGUCCAACUCCUUACAACAGCGUCAUCAGCCUGAACUUCGGAGGGAACCCUCUGCACUGCAACUGCGAGUUGCUAUGGUUACGACGGCUGGUCAGAGAAGACGACAUGGAGACGUGUGCCACGCCCCCUCACCUGGCCGGCAGGUACUUCUGGUCUGUCGCAGAGGAGGAGUUUACCUGUGAACCGCCCCUCAUCACCAGGCACACCCACAACCUAUGGGUCCUAGAAGGUCAGAGGGCAACCCUGAAAUGCAGGGCCAUCGGUGACCCUGAACCAGUCAUCCAUUUCGUCUCCCCCGAUGAUCGGAUAGUGGCCAAUUCCAGUCGGGUGACAUCUUUCCGAAACGGAACAUUGGAUCUCUUUGUUACGGUUGCCAGGGACGACGGAGCGUACACAUGCAUAGCCAUCAACGCGGCGGGAGAGGCUACCGCAAAGGUGGACCUGAAGAUCAUCCCGCUUCCUCACCGGAAUGGGAAUGUGAACAUUCCAGGGAACGUGACUGCUACUGGGAAUACUGAAAACUCCAACGGGAUUAUUCCGGGGUCUUCGGACAUCACCACCGGCAAAAGUGGAAAUUCCGGCGGGAACAACGGCGGGAAUACAAGAGACACGGAGGAGAGGAUAGGGGUCCAAGGGGUGACGUCCACCUCGGCACAGGUCCGCUGGGAUCUGGGAAGAACUACGGGGGAACACCUGGUCUGGAUGUUUCAGAUACAAUACAACUGUACCGCUGAUGAAACACUGGUCUACAGGAUCCUCCCGUCCACUAGUUACAGCUUCCUGCUGAAGAAUCUGGUGUCCGGAGCAGACUAUAGCCUGUGUGUUCUGGCGAUCUUUGAUGACACGGUGACGUCCCUAGCUGCCACCAAGGUUCUUGGCUGUACUCAGUUUAGCACUAAAGAACUUUACCCAGAAUGCCGAUCUCUACAGGCCCACUUCCUGGGUGGAACCCUGACGAUCUUGGUCGGAGGCAUUGUCGUGGUAACGCUGCUGGUGUUCACCGUGGCUCUGAUGGUUCGUCACCGUGUCUGCAGUAACCACGAGGACCGCUGUCACCAUGGAGACGACAACGAUGAGUCGGCAGCUUGUUGCCAGGGUGGGUCGUUGGGGAGUCCGAUGAAAGGGGCAGUGGCAGGUGGUGGUGGAGUCUAUGGCCAAUCAAAUGGCAACGGGGAUGUUAUGAUGGUGGUCUUGCCCAACGGGCUGCCCUCAAAACAGCAGGGGGGCGGGGCAAAGGAGAGCGAUAAAGAGAAGGAGGAGGUGACAGAGAGGCAGAAGGAGAAAGGAGGAACCAAUUCUCCUCCUAAACUACCCCCUAAACCCAGAGAAGGGCUGAAUGGGGGAGGUAAGGGGAAAGGAAUGGGAGGAGAACUGAAAGACAUGACAUUAGCGCUGUGUGAUAAACGCCUCUCCCCCUACACGGAACGAGCCUCUCUCUACUACUCUCCAGUCUUGGGCACAUCCCACUCCAGCCUCCCUCGCCAAUCACGUGGACUCACAGGGACAAAGGGGAGGGCCAGGCUCUGUCCCGAUGUAGUGGUGGGCGGAACCAAACGAGCAAGCUUCACCUUGGACACGCCCAUUGGGCAGGACCUCCUCUCUGAUUGGAGGAUUAGACACGGGGGCAUAGUGGGUGGUGUUGUAGACAAAUGGAACUCCUCCCAGGCCUAUCAGAGUCCAGGAACACCGCUAAGCCCCUCCCAUUGCACCGUGCGCGCCAAACGUAGCAACUCCCUCGACAUGGGGUCCAGCUCUUCCUCUGUUUCCGUCAGCACAACAACGGUGGCAACCCAACGACGUUACGCCGGUCGCCGCGGCUAUGCCAAGCGACUGUCCGUCACCUGGACGAGGCGGAGCAAGUCACUGCACGGUAUGCUGGUGCACUGCGCCUCGGCGACCAGCACGACAUCCUCAACGACAAGCGAGGACGGCAGCACGGACGGGGACUGUGGCAUGGGUAACCAUGGCUACAUUCACGCCUACAACACCAACAACUCCAAUUCCAACGCUCUGAUGGCACGUGAUGUUAUCAAAGACAAUGGGAACAGUAAAACAGGGCGAGAGAGGCGUAAAGAGAGAGAAAGGACAGCCAUUAAAGAGCUGGAAGAGAGUGUGGUGUAGAGAGAGAGGGAGGGAAAACGAGCUGAUAGAGGGUUAAAAAUAAGAGAGCACGGGAGAGAGGAGUUGAGAUAAAGAAGGUUGAGAAGAGAGAGAUUCUUAACUUGUUCUUCUAAGUAGGCCUCUAGAUUAGAGACUUGACCUAAAUUGAAUUCAGAUGGAGGUUACAGAAAAGGGGGCAAGAAAAAAGAGAGAAAAAUGAAAGAGAUAUGAGAGAGAAUAAUCUCUAAGACUUUCUGCAUAAAACAGAACAAGCUUACAGAGGGUGAUUUCAGAUGAGAGGAGAAGUAGGAAAGUGUUGAACCCAAUGUAGAGUGACAGAAGGCAUGAGGAGAGAGGUGACGGAGGGCAGAGAGAAAUAAAACCUCUCAGAGAGACAGGGGGGAGGCCGGAGCGGGAGCGACCAAGAGGAGCGAGACAAAGAGGAGAGAGAGGACAGAGUUAGGAGACGCAAGAGAACAGUAGGAGAGAGUGGCUGAGAGAGACAGAGAGCGGGAGAGAGGAAGUGAGAGGGAAAGAGAGGCAGGAAAGAGAGAGUGAUGUCAAAGGAGAUGAUACACACGGAAGAUGACUAUCUAGCCCUUGCGCAGUGGAGGAAGACUUUAAGACUAACCUAUCCUUCUGAUCAUGGGCAGGACCUGGGUUUUUAUCGGAUCGAAAAACAACACAAAACAACGAUGACCUCGCACACACACACACACACACAGAGGCAUUCUAACAGGGUUUCCCCAGGACAGAAGCGGGGGCUAACUGCCAUCUCCCUGGGAGCACGGCUUUCAUCUGGGGAGCUGCGCUACAGAGGGACCAGUGAGUCCUCUGGAAGUGACCCCGUCGGUAAUGAUGUCACUGGGAAAUGGUCUGAGUAUAGGUUGUUUUCAAUACAGUGACCCCGUUGGUAAUGAUGUCACUGGGAAAUGGUCUGAGUAUAGGUUGUUUUCAAUACAGUGUCCCAGGAGGGGUUUUUUUCGCACGAAAACUGUUGGGGUCAGGCAAUGAGGAAACGAUAAGGGGUUCGUUCUCUGAGGUUAACAUUAACGCUGGCUUUCACCCUGAGGAAGGCUCUGUAAAAACGUGUCAAUUUUGGCUGAAAGAACUGCUCACACCUAGUUUCAUCACUGGAGUAAGGCAGCGCAACGGUAUACAUUUCAUGAUCAGUAAAAUCACAGUUGAUUGUAAUUUCAUUUAAGCCAUUAGCAGCCUUCACACAAUGUCCAAACAACAAUAUUUGAUUUUAUCAUUAUCUUUCAGCCUGCUUGCUUCAUCAGAGAUCUGGUUCUCUCACAACUAGUCCUGGUUAAACAGUCUGUCUGGCAGCUGUCAUCUCCACUCUAGAUUGGAACAGUAUUUGGAUAUAGAUGGGUGGGUAGUUCAACUAAAAGAUAGCUAGUGAACUAUUUAUAUUGACGUGAUCUGUAAUUUGCAAUUCGGCUAGGUAGCAAAACUGACUUGGUCUAUCAGUGAGUGUAACAUUAUAUCAGGACUCUCACCAGUAACUGGGAUUAAAUACUUUUGGAAAAAGGAUUACAUUAUUUUGGAAAAAGAAUUAGCACCACCAUACUAAGCCAAGUGUACAAAGUUCAGCUACUGGAUGCUUGGAAAGUAAACACCAUCAAAGAACAAGGUAAAAACAGCCCUUCUGCUGACAGACAGGCAGAGAUGGCGAGGUAGGAGUGACUUAAUGAAAUUCAUAUCAUCAAGUCACUCAUACCUUUCAGCUAACGCUCGUGGUUGAAUAAUUUAUUGAAUGAUCCAACUAACGGCGGCUAGUGCUGAGAAAUGUCACAAGGCUACACUCACAUGUUAGCAAUGAAAUGUGAUCUGGUGAUCACGAAAAGUUCCUGCCUUUGUUUCACACAUAUUCAGAUGAUGGCAAAACGUGCACAAUUGUUUGGCAUGGAGUCAUCGAGAAAAAAAGGGCGAAAUUCCAUCGUUUUUCAACCACAUAUUUAUCACAUUUAACAAUCCCUUGAAAUGGAGGUUCGGUAAUCGAUAGCAGGCAAAUUGAACAUUCUGCGACAUGUUCAUUGACAACAACCUGUAUUCACAGAGGAAAGACAUCUAAGGCAUUGACCAAUGGCCAGGACAGUGAACAUGAUAACAUGGAAACAUAUAUGACUGCAGGAGUAGAAAUGUGUGUGACAGAAUAGAGAUACGCUGAAGUGCGCGCGUAAGAACUUGUAUAGUAUCUCACAAAAGUGAGUGCACCCCUCACAUUUUUGUAAAUAUUUGAGUACACCUUUUCAUGUGA